AUGCGUUGUUUACAAAUGGUACGUAUUAAUCGUAAUAAUUUUAAUCCAAGAUGUGCACAUAAAAUACAACAACAUCGUAUGGAAUUAUGGCCAGGUUAUAUAACAGAAAUUAAAGAAGUUGAAGGUGGUUUAAAAUUAAUCAUUGAUGCAAAUCAUAGAGUCAUGAGAACAGAUACAGUCUAUGAUCUUAUUAAAUUAACAAUGCAAGAAAGUCGUGGUGGUAAUCCACGUGAUCUUGUUGGUGUUACUGUUUUGAUAAGAUACAACAAUGAAACAUAUCGUAUUGAUGAUAUUGUAUGGGAUAAAAAUCCAUUAUUUGAAUUUGAUUGUAAAGGUAAAGCAACAACACUAGCUGAAUAUUAUAAAGUUCAUUGAAAUUUAACAAUAAAAGAUGUUAAACAACCAUUAUUACUUCAUCGUGCAAAAAAACGAUUAACACAAGGUGGCACUAAAGAAGAAGAAGUAUUAUAACCAGAGUUAUGUUACAUGACUGGUUUAACUGAAAAAAUUGAAAAAAAAGGCCCUGAUCAAACUUUUAUUUUAAAUCACGCAGUUCACGUUGAAGCUCAAAAACCAGCUGAAAGUCUAAAAGAUGAUGGUAUUAAAAACCCACUGCUAAUAAUUAUUGAUACUAUUACAACUUAUCCAGCUAAAUUGAAAUUAAAACACAAAAAGGCGAAGAAGAGUAAUAUUUCAAACUAA